UCCAUUUUGCUUCUUUCAUCCUUUCUGAGCAAAAAAAAAUGAAAGGGUUAAUACAGUGGUAUUUGGUCCUUUCCUUCCUACUCUUGUCCUUGAACUUUAAAGUUGAUUGCUCAUUAUCUAGCUUCUCUUCCAAUUCUUCCCUGGAAGUUUUCUUUAUCUCAAAAAACAACUUGGUUGGAGAAAUUCCUUCUUCCAUAUGUAAUUUGAUGUCAAUUUCAAUCCUUGACUUGUCCAAUAACAAGUUGAGUGGAACUAUUCCAGGUUGUCUGGCCUCGAGAGGAAACAAAUUACAGAUACUUAACCUCAACAACAAUGAUUUUGAUGGGCCAUUUCCUAAAUCCUUGCAGAACUGUCAUGACUUGCAAGUGUUGAAUCUUGGAAACAACAAGAUAAAUGAUACCUUUCCCCACUGGUUGGGAACUCUUCCUCCGCUACAAGUUCUUGUCUUGCGCUCCAACUAUUUCCAUGGUCAAAUCAGCCCUUCAGAGCAUGAAUCGCACUUCUCAGCUCUGCGAAUCUUAGACGUCUCCCACAAUGAGUUCUCUGGUUUUCUACCAACAACAUAUUUUAAAAGUUUCGAGGGUAUGAUGAAUUUGUCCAAUGUUCAAACGAAAUCUAUGGAAGAUUUUAAUUUUUAUUACCAUUUUUCCGUGCGUGUCACAGUGAAAGGUUUGGACAUUGAACUUGAGAGAAUUCUAACUCUUUUUACAACCAUUGAUAUGUCAAGCAAUAAAUUCCAAGGAAAAAUUCCAGAAAUAGUUGGAGACCUCGUUUCUCUCCAAGUGCUCAAUUUUUCCCAUAACAGCCUAACAGGUCAUAUUCCUUCCUCACUGGGAAAUCUAACAGCACUUGAGUCACUGGAUCUUUCUACCAACAAGCUUGUUGGGCAGAUUCCUAUGCAGUUGAUUGGUUUGAUAUUUCUUGAAGUGUUAAACCUGUCACAGAACCAGCUUGUUGGACUCAUACCUCAGGGAAAUCAAUUUAAUACCUUUCUGAAUGAUUCCUAUCGUGGCAACUUGGGAUUGUGCGGAUUUCCAGUGUCAAAGAGCUGUGGCAAGGAUGAGGAACAAGAACCACCGGAAUCUGCUUUCCAUGAGGAAGGAAUUUAUUCUUGUCCAUUGGAUUGGAAAUUUGUAAUGAUGGGUUAUGGAUGUGGACUGGUGCUUGGAUUAUCUACAGGGUAUAUCAUGCUGACAAUUGGAAAACCAGAAUGGCUAGUUAGGAUGGUUCAAAGACUAGGCUACAAAAUUCUGAGGAGAUUGAAGAGUUAUAAUUGAGGAAGAAGAAACUCUGCGAAGACAGAUGCUGCUCUUCGUUGGUUUGUUGAAUACAUUUGCGUAUUAUAACUGUCUUUUGUUCUCCUGUAUGCCUUAUAAUGCCCUAUAAAAUCCAAUCUCUUGUUGCCCUGGAUAACACAUUGAUUUUAUCAAAUUGAUAUUCAGUAUUUUGGUGAA